GCAUACCGAAGAUCAGCGAGUAAAUUUUCACUACGACACGAGUGGCUAGAGAGAGUAGUAAACUAAAGAGGUAAGGAUGAGUGCUGUGGAGGUGCGUAUCGAACAGGAAGAGCUGGACGCCAUCAAGAGGAGCGUCCUGACCAGCUCGAGACGGCUCCUGGUCGAUUCCCUAGACCCAGCCAACCACGUCUCCUACCUCCGCUCCAAGUUUGUCAUGACGGAGAGGGACGCGGAGGAGAUCAACGCGCCCGCCUCGCGCUCUGCUAGGGUCGAAGUGUUCCUGGACAAGCUGAGUCUGAAAGACUCGGUAGCGUACGACGAGUUUCAGAACUCGCUAUGCCGGGACAGGACCCAACUCUUCAUACUGACUAGCAUGACGAAGACGUUGGAGAUCUUGAAGCAUAAAGUACGGGAAUUCAAAGUCCAACAGAUGAAGCAACAGCAGGAACUCCAGCGACAGACGCAAGAGAUGCAGAGAGCCCAGCAAAUGACUCAGCCACCUCCAUCACACACUUACUACACACAGACGCAGUAUCAGCACCCGACUCAAAAGCCAGGCGGCUAUCCACCACCAGUAUCAAGUGGGUCUCCACGCCCGUCCCACCCGCAGAGACCAACGCACUGCGCUGGGCACGGCGUGGCCGGCCAGCCACAGCAACAGGUGAUACAGUUUCAACCAACACCUGCCCAGCAGGCUCAAAGAGAGGCCUACUGCCAACAGAGACUGGAAAUGAAUCGCAGGCAAAACCACGCCCAUCAAUCGCCACAUAGCUACCAGUCGCAGCAGUCAAUGGGAUUUUCCCCUCCUCCUCACUAUCAGAGUCACACCUUCACCAUUCCCCAGACCCCGCCCCCUCACCACCAGAGGCACAUCCCACCGCGACAGACUCCGCCCAACUUUCAAAGCCGGGACGGUCCAGCAGCAGACGACCUACUGCCACCUUCUACAACUUACCAAAUUGAAAAUCACAACCAUCCUAAUGACUUUACCGAGGGACUUCCCCCUGAAAGCAUUACAUCACCACCAGACAUGCUUAGCGGACAACCAUGUGGGCAACCUAGUUAAGCAUUACAUCAUGUACAAGAACAAGGAUACACACACACAUACACAUUUCUACCACAAUUUUUACAUAUUAUUAAUUGUGUGCAUAUAAAUAACGUUGGCAUUACAUGUGUACACAUAAAGUUCUAUUCUGCUGACUCCUCCAUAGCUACUGCCUGUUCUCCCACCACGAAAAAUGGUCCCUCGCGAUAGUACUUUCUCAACUUUAGGAAAUUCGGACUUCCAAAGCACUUUUCAGCCGUGCUCGAAUUGACAAGUGCACUCACCACCUCGUACUUUGUCUCUUUCCCCGACUUGCUAAGACUGGGUCUUCUGUCUAGGAGGAACUCCAGGAGCCCUGGUUGUCCACUCAGUAUCUUCUGACCCCAGUGGUGACUAGCCAGGGAGCGGAGUAAUUCGAGACCUGCAGUGAGAAGAUCUUCAAACGGUUGUUUCAGGAGCGACAUGAUGACCGACGGUAGGUCUGGGUGGAUGUGGUGAAAGUACUGCUCGCUACUCCAACCUUCCUUGUUGAUCUCUUCAGAGCUAUCCUCGGGGCAGGAGAAGAUAACGGAAAAUGUGUGAAGAGCUCUUAUGCGAAGGUCGGAGCGUCCCCUUGCAAUGACUUCACCAAGCGACCGAACGACCUCUCGCGACCUCUCAGCGGAGGAAUUCAGAGCUUCUCGUCCGGGUGGGGUAGACCCGAGAAACCCUAGGGUGUCGACAGCUAUGCCCCACCGGGUAUCAUCCUCCGGCGACAGACAGGCUGUGAGGACAGACGCUAGGAACUCCGGGUAGCGCUGGGUGACUGCCGGGAAAUCGACCGCAUUGGAGCAGGAAAUGUGUCCGUAGAAUUUGAAGAUACCUGCAGGUUUGUGUGCGUGUGUGUGUGUGUGCGAGCGCGUG